CAAUUUUUAGAGUACAGUCAUAAAUUUAUAGCUAUCAAAUCUAAUCCGCCUGGUCAUUUAUUUCAUAUUUUACACUUUUGCUAUCCAAACUAUUUCCUAGUUGCUUCCUAGUUGAUUUUUGGUUGAUUUUAGUAAAUAACUAAUUCCUAGUUGAACCCUAGCCAAACCCUAGUUAAGUCAUAUCCAGAUUAUCAAAGAAGAUUGAAAAGAUUAAAACUAAAUAUGAAACCUGGCGUCUUAAUAAUUGGAAAAGUUGAUCAAAAUGAAGAAUCAUUCAUUCGAUUCUCUAAUUUGUUCAACAUCAUUCUUUACAAUUUUAAAUCUAAAUCACUUUUAAUCCAUGAUUUUAAUACCAUCUACAAAACCACCAAUAUAUCUGCUCUUUGGUUAUCUCACGGCGAAUUCGAUUUGGAUCUAUACAACUCCCUUCCUAAAGAUCUCAAAUGCAUCGUCUUAUGUUCAAUAGGCUAUGAUCGCUACGACUUAAAUCUAUUAAAAAAGAAAAAUAUAAUUCUCUGCAAUCGUUCAAAUUUGGGUAGCAAUGACGUCGCAGAUUUAACUUUAUACCACACUUUAUCUGCCUUUAGAUUCUUUCCAAUUUUUGAAAAAAACCUAAGGCUAUACAAAAACACAAUUGAUUCAAGACUAAUCAUGUCCAUUGAUAACGACAACAAUAGUAGCAAAAGCAAUAACAAAUACUUUGCUUUGGGUGAUCAGUGCUACUCUCAAUUAGUCCACUCUCCUAAAAAUAAAAUCGCUGGAAUCGUUGGGUUGGGUCAAAUUGGUAAACAAAUCGCUAUAAGAUUAAACUCAUUAGGCAUGUCUCUCCAUUACCAUCAGCGAAAUAAACUAUCCCCCUCAAAUUAUUCACUCCUAAUCAAAAAAUUUAUUCCGACCAAUAACAACUCCCUCCCCUUAACCUAUCACCAAGACCUAUCCUCCCUAUUAAAGAUAUCUGAUAUAAUCAUCCUCGCUCUCCCUCUAAACAACAACUCCCUAAAUCUCAUCAAUAAAGACAACCUAUCUCUCUGCAAAGAAAACGUCAAAAUCAUCAACAUCUCCAGGGGCAAAAUCAUAAAUGAACAGGAUGUCAUAGACUUUCUUGACCAGGGAAAAAUCGGUUACUUAUCCCUCGACGUCUUUCACGACGAAAAUAACAUCAAUAAGAGACUCAUCUUCGAUAAAAAAAAUAACCAACGUUACAACGUCUCGUUAACUCCCCACAUUGGUUCUUCCACCUACGACCAGGUUCUUCAAAGUUACAAAUUAUGUCAGGAUAACAUCAUCGACAUUGUUCUAAACGACGGAAACGGGCUUUCUCCUGUCAACGCUUAG